UCUUCCCUCCUCCCGCCCGCUGCGUGCGGCGCCUGCCGGGCUGUCGGGAGGCUGGGGUGACGUCGGCGCUGCCAAGGUGCUUCCCGGUGGCCUCGGGGCGCGUCUCGGUGGUUCCUGACCUUGACCCCCGCCACAGGAGUCAGCAGCAUGGUGGCCAAGCUGGCCAAAACCUGCACAGUCCGCAUCAGCCCGCGGCAGCUGAACUUCAUCCUCGCCGACAAGGUGGCCAGCGGAGGGGUGAGCAUGUGGUGUGAGCUGGAGCAGGAGAACUUCUUCAGCGAAUUUCAAAUGGAAGGUGUCUCAGCAGAAAACAAUGAGAUUUAUUUAGAGCUGACAUCGGAAAAUCUAUCUCGAGCCUUGAAAACUGCCCAGAAUGCCAGAGCCUUGAAAAUCAAGCUGACCAAUAAGCACUUUCCCUGCCUCACAGUCUCCAUAGAGCUGCUGUCUGUGUCGAGCAGCAGCCGCGUGGUGACCCACGACAUCCCUAUAAAGGUCAUCCCUCGGAAGCUGUGGAAGGAUUUACAGGAGCCGGUGGUCCCGGACUCUGAUGUGAGUAUUUAUUUGCCCGUCUUGAAGACCGUGAAGAGCGUGGUGGAGAAAAUGAAAAACAUCAGCAACCACCUGAUUAUUGAAGCAAACCUAAAUGGAGACUUGAACUUGAAAAUAGAGUCCGAACUCGUGUGCGUCACGACCCAUUUUAAAGACCUUGGAAACCCUCCAUUCGCCUCUGCGGACGCGUCUCGCGACAGAAACCCAGAGCAGAUGGCCGAGGUGCACGUGGACAUCAGGAAGUUCCUGCAGUUCCUCGCUGGGCAGCAGGCGAACCCCACCAAGGCCGUCUGCAGUGAGUGCGCGUUCGCCUUGUUCUUCGCACUUCAGAUGCUUCGGUCACCUGUGGUCUCAUGCGUCGCACAUGGUCUGCUGUGUGGCCGUCAGGCGUCUGGGUUUUCCCGGGCUCAAAGGUAUCGUGAGCGACAAGGUGCUGCAUCUCGACGUGCUCCAUGAGGACGUGUCCCUGCAGUACUUCAUCCCCGCCCUGUCCUAGCCACGCCCGCUGGGCUCGGGAGCCCGGGGCCUCCGCCGUGACUGGCCAGGCAGUCGGCGAUGCGUUCCGCCAGCGUCUGUCCUCCGCACAGAUUCUGUCCAUCUUUCUUACUUUUUUCUCUAUAAUAUUUUAACUAGAAGUUAACUUUAUGAAACACAGUUGAAUAAACGUAUUAUUUCAUA